UCUGUCUAGGCCCGUGUCUGUGCGUCUGCGCGAGAGAAGGAGGAGGGUCUUCCACUCAGUCUUUUUAUUUAUUUCUUUGUUUCCAGCUGAAAAAAAAACAACAACCACAGCGGUAUAUUCCUAUGCGGGACCGCCAAUGUUUCCCAACCGAAUAAGACACAACCCUGGACCAUACUGCUGUACGUAUUAAAAAGCCCGAUUUAAGGGGGCGAGGAUGAAGCGGCGCAAUGCGGACUGCAGCAAGCUCCGACGGCCCUUAAAACGGAACCGAAUCACCGAGGGGAUCUACGGCAGUACGUUCCUGUACCUGAAGUUUCUGGUGGUCUGGGCGCUGGUGCUGCUGGCAGACUUCGUGCUGGAGUUCCGCUUCGAGUACCUCUGGCCUUUCUGGCUUUUCAUUCGCAGUGUUUACGACUCCUUCAGAUACCAGGGCCUGGCUUUCUCAGUGUUUUUUGUGUGUGUGGCGUUCACAUCAGAUAUUAUAUGUCUGCUGUUCAUCCCAGUGCAGUGGCUGUUCUUUGCAGCAAGCACAUAUGUGUGGGUACAGUACGUCUGGCACACAGAACGAGGGGUCUGCCUCCCCACUGUGUCACUAUGGAUACUUUUUGUUUAUAUUGAGGCAGCUAUCAGAUUUAAAGAUUUGAAACACUUCCACGUGGACUUGUGUCGCCCGUUUGCAGCGCACUGUAUCGGGUACCCGGUGGUGACGCUGGGCUUUGGUUUUAAGAGUUAUGUAAGUUAUAAGAUGCGUUUGCGGAAACAGAAAGAAGUGCAGAAAGAGAACGAAUUUUACAUGCAGCUGCUGCAGCAGGCACUUCCUCCAGAACAACAGCUCAUACAGAGACAAGAGAGAGAAGCAGAGGAGGCAGCAGCAUCUAAAGGCAUUCAAGAUGUAGACUCUCCAGCCGUGGCACAGAACGGCUCGGCGGGCGGUAAAAAGCCCUCGUCCAACACGUUACCAGAGCUGGAAUACAGAGAGAAAGAACGAGGCAAGAACGAGUCCAAAAAGCAACACAACCACAACCAGAACCAUCACAGCAGCACCAGCAGCAGCAUCUUACCGUCAGUAGACAGUAAAGCUCAGGAGAUGGAGUACAUGGAGAACCAUGUGAACAGUAAGAGACUGAGCAGCUCAGAUCUGCUGGGCAGCACUGAGAAUCUGCUGAAAGAUGAACACUCUUCAUCCUCCUCCUCUUCGUCCUCCUCCAACUCCAACAAAAAUUACAAAAAUGCCAGCGGAGGAGGAGGGAGCUCCUCGCCCCGGGGACACGGAACAGCCAACGGCAGCGUGCCGUCUUCCUCCGGGCCUUCGUCCUCUUCCUCGAGUAAGGGGGACAGAAAACAGAAGUGUGGAGGAGGGAAGAACGCAACGUCGCACAGAGACCCUGUGGAAAACUGCAUUCCCAACAAUCAGCUGAGCAAACCCGAGGCGCUCGUCAGGCUGGAGCAGGACGUUAAGAAGCUGAAGGCAGAUCUGCAGGCGAGCAGACAGACCGAACAGGAUCUGCGCAGUCAGCUGGGCUCUCUGGGCAGCUCUGAACGCAGCAUACGCUCCGAGCUCGGUCAGCUGCGUCAGGAGAACGAACUGCUGCAAAACAAACUUCACAACGCUGUGCAGGCGAAGCAGAAGGACAAGCAGACAGUGGGGCAGCUGGAGAAGCGUCUGAAGGCAGAACAGGACGCUCGUGCUGCAGCAGAGAAACUGUUAGCAGAGGAAAAGAAACGCAAGAAGCUGGAGGAGGCCACGGCGGCCCGUGCUGUCGCUCUCGCUACUGCAACCAGGGGUGAGUGCACAGAGUCUCUGAGGAGGAGGAUUUCUGAGCUGGAGACAGAGUGUAAGAAACUCACGCUUGACAUCAAGGUGAAAGAGGAUCAAAUCAGAGAGCUGGAGCUCAAAGUUCAAGAACUACAUAAAUAUAAGGAGAGCGAGAAGGACACAGAGGUUCUGAUGUCAGCGCUGUCAGCGAUGCAGGAUAAAACCCAGCACCUGGAAAACAGCCUCAGUGCUGAGACCCGAAUUAAGCUGGACCUCUUCUCUGCCCUCGGAGACGCUAAGAGACAGCUGGAGAUCGCACAAGGUCAGAUUCUGCAGAAAGACCAGGAAAUUAAAGACCUGAAGCAGAAGAUAGCCGAGGUGAUGGCCGUCAUGCCCAGUGUGGUGUAUUCCUCAGAUACAGGCAGCAUGACCCCCGUCACGCCCCACUACUCCUCCAAGUUCAUGGACACCAGCCCGUCCGGACUGGACCCCAACGCGUCCGUUUACCAGCCCCUGAAAAAAUGAAUGCUUGUUUCCCACCACACACACACACGCGCACACACACACACACACACACACACACACACACGGUCUUCUCUGGUUGUUUUUUUCCUCCAUAGGCCCAGAUUCAGAUUCAUCUUUGGCAUGUCUGUGGCUCAAAUUGCUUUUUUGUUUUGGUUUUUUCGUCUUCUAUUACUACAGCUUCUUGCCUGGUCAGAAGGAUAUUGUAUUGUGUGACUGUAUUUGUUGUAGUAAAAAUACAAAAGACAAAAAAGAAGACUUUUAAGGGACAUCACACGUCGAGUAGGAAACUGCCGUUUCUUUUCUCUUGUAAAUGUCUAGAAACCUCACAGAAGUUGGUGAGUAUCUUCCCUCAGUCCAUUCAGAGACAGGCCUCCCGGAUUUCGGCCUUGAUUUUCACUGUUUUUGUUGUUUUUGGAGGGGGGGUGAAGCAGGGCAGGUGUGAGAUCCGUCGUCCCAGGUGCUCUACCCCAUAUAUCAGAGGCAAGGAGAGUUUUACUCAAGAAUGUUACCAUCUAAUAUGACAAGAAUGUAACGCAAUGUAAAAAAAACGUCCCAGAAACCAUGCGACUCAAUUCUGACGCAAAACGAUUUCGGUCAGUAUGUCAGGAUCGGACAACUCCUGAUCCUUUAGGACGGACCGAAGCUGUUCAGUUCUUCCUCGUGGUACAAACACAGUCCAGCGGCGUAAUUCACCAACUACAGAUAAUCAGUGCCUUCUUAUGGGACCUCGUUGGUGGAACCGAAAGAUCUCGUCCCCCCCUCAACCAAACAUCUUUUUUUGGUCAACCUUUUGCAAAUGGAUCACCAGCCCAUCAGCGUGACGACUCUUGCUCCGCGCUUGUGAAUUCGGUCAUUUGUUUACAUUUAUUUAUUUAUCCGGCGUGGCACUAUUGCACUGCUGACUUCAGCGAGCUCGCAAGGGAAUACGUCAAGUAUGAAAACGCAGGUUUCUUUAUUGUAUUGACCAUCUUUCAGUAUCGGACGGAAGCUAGUGUAGUCCAGUGCCAACUGAGUAGAUUUGUUGAAAAAGAAAAGUGUUUCAGAUCCAUCAGGUUACUGGCUGGUCCAAUGAUCGGAAGCUAGAGGACUGUAUUAUUAUUAUUAUUAUUAUUAUUAUAUAGUUUGUGUAUUGUUUUCAGAGAAAUACUUGGUUGUGCCACUUGAUGGCGCCAUUGCAUUUGUGACUUUAAACCUGUUAGACUGGUGGAAAGGUUUUCAUUGGGCCAUCAUCACACUUGCCGUGUAAAUGAACAGAUCCAGACGUCUGCUAAGCGUGAAGUAUUACCGGGCUAAAGGGAGAGUGUCCCGAGCCGACCCAACUUUUGGAAAACCCUCAGAUUUGUGUUAAUGGAAGCCAGUUCUGAAGGACAGACGGUCACUGUGUUAGUAUUCCGACUGGUCAGUGAUGGGCGGGAGGGGGGCGGGGUUAGCCAGAGUCAGUCCUGUGUGGUAUUGUAGUGCUCUCAGAUGGUUGUUGUUUUUGGUGUCUGUGUUUUUUAAAAUUAUAAAGUGAUGGAGGAAGUGAUAAAGUUUGUAAAGUGGUUUACAUGAAAAAGGGGGAUAAAGACAGUUGUUUUGUUUUCUUUGCCCGCUGUCACUCCUCGGCUGCGCUCUCUGUGAGGUCUCUGUGAGGUUUCAAGUAAUAAAACAUUUUUUUCCUGGCA